AUGCCUGAUGCCAGACGGACGCAUUUGAUUCCUAGUGCUCCUCCCAUUAGUAUCCUGAGUAUCGACGUGCAAGACCAUGUUUAUGAGGAAAUAGGUAGCGUAUACCCCGAGCAGCCGUUACCUGCCACGGUCGACCCGGACAUGUCAGGCAGAGAUCUCUCGAACCCCCCUCCUGUACCCCCGCGGAGACCCUACCACCGAAGCAGCUCUCUCAGGCCGCUCUCAUGCGAUAUAUCUAUUACCAAGCCGCUUAUCCGCUCCAAUACAACGUCAAAUGAUAGCUCUUGGAGCAUUAAACUUGUUGAGAAGCCGCAAGGAAGCAAUGCAAGAAUUGCCUCGCUGUGUUCAUCUAUAGCAAAACUGAUGUCCAAAUAUCCACACAGCAGAGACGAAUGUAACACAGGGAUUGUAUGGGCUCGCGUGUCCCCUCUGAACCGCUGUAUUUUGGAGAAGUCGGAAUUGAUUUUCAAUGUGGCUGUUCCGUGGCAUCAGACUCACUUGCCUUACAAAACUCCAUUAACAAGGACAGCUCAAAGCCUGAUAGAGGACGUUUUUACCCUGCUGGACCAGGCUCCCAACAACAGCGGACAGUUCUUUCUAAAGCUAUGUGACUCAGAGGAGUAUCUCAAAAAUGAGGAGAUGUUAGGAUAUUAUGAGAGAAUCCAGGUGUAUCAGAAGUACAAUCAGGAAGUCCCAGUGCGAAUUGUUCACAGGAACUCAGUGGAGGAUCUGCUGGCAAGAGAUGAUGAUGAUGAUCAACACCCUUUUCAUUUCAAACAGCUCCUUGGUGGUUCUUGUGUAUUCAACACAGCUAGGUUGAGUCUACAGGAGAGACUAAACAGUUACAGUAAAGAGGUGAACAAGCUGUUGAAAACUCAGUGUGCGAACAAUGUGAACCAAAUUGUGGGAGAGGUGCAGACAAUCAGUGAUCUGCUGUGUGGCAUCUCAUCCAUACAACUGGAGGAGGCUAUAGGUGGACUUCGCAGAAUCAACCCAAUGAUGCUGUGCCCAGCAGAAAUGUAUGACUGUCAGACAGCUUUGGUCGUCCUCCACCACACUCUGGGCAAGCUCUUGCACGUCUUCUUUGACAAUUUCUACUCUGAUUUUGGUGUUCAGGAGGUCCACCAAAGCCCUCCCGUCGCAGACGUCGACCAGAACAAAAACACCCUGCGGCUAAACCUGGCAGCGCUUUACAAACUGCAGCCCAGCUGGUUAAACAGUUUUGAUCACUUCUCCAUUUCUUGCUCGUUGAAGUACCUUGGGAAGAAUCUGACUGACACUGUGCUCUCUGAGAACAUCAGCACAGCCUUAUCAUUUGGCAACAAACUCCAGUGCAACAGAUUAGUGGUGUUUCCAGUGGAGAUUAGAAAGCUGCCAUAUGAAUCCAUGCUUCAGUUUCGUCUCCUGGGCUGUAAACAGGGGAAGAGCCCAGAGUUGUUGGGCUGGGCAGUUCUUCCAGUAUUCAGUAACAAGACACUGGUUAGUGGUACAGUUCUUCUUAGUAUGUCAAUGCUGGUGGAAUUGACUGACCCUCCCUCUCCAGCACUGUCUGACAGUCACAGACAAGCAACAGGGGUCAUCUUACAGCUUGAAUUUCCCGAAGAAAAACAGUGGAAGUAUGAGAGGCCAGUAGCUUUUCCAGGAUCCAUCCUGUUUACGAAAGCUUGUGAGGAACUGAACGCGCGGAUUGUCGAAGUUUCCCAGAAGCACUGCUUAGCGCUUCUGACACCGAAUGAGAGAUCACUGCUGUGGGACAAGAGGUACCACUGCAAUGAGCGGAACUCUAAACUUCACCUGGUACUGGGAUGCGCCCCCUGGUGGCGGCCUGAAAACCUAACAGAGAUUUACACCAUUCUGGAUCACUGGCGGUUACAGAGCACUGCAGAGGCCCUUUUCUUACUCAGUGACAAUUUUCAGGAUCAGACGGUGCGGCAGGUGGCUGUGCGGUACCUUGAGCAGGUCUCAGACAGUGAACUGGAGGAUUACCUGCCACAGCUGGUUCAGGCUGUGAAGAUGGAGUGGGAGCUGGACGGACCCCUGGUCAUGUUCCUGUUGGGGCGGUCACUGUGUAGCAUUCGGAUUGCACAACAACUCUACUGGCUGCUGGUGGACGCUCAGGAGGAUGCUCACUAUAAGAGCUGGUAUGUUAAGAUCCAGGCUGCGCUGAAGCACUGCUGUGGCCAGCUGCUGAGGCUGGAGCUGGAGGUAGAGGGUCGUCUAGUUACGCUCCUCACACAGCUGGCUGAGAGAAUCCGCACUGCCGAUAAAGGCAAGAGGAAGGAUGUGUUAAAAAAAGAAAAGUGGAAGAUCUGCGAGUUUUUUAAGGACGUUGCUUUAUGUCGGUUACCACUGGACCCAGCCAUCGUGGUGAAGGGGGUGGAUAUUGAUGGCUGUAUGUUUUUUAACUCGAACACUGCUCCUCUAUGCGUACCCUUCAUCAUUGCUGAUCCAAUGGGCAAAAACGUCAGAGUCAUUUGCAAGACAGGUGAUAACCUACACCAGGACAUGUUGGUGCUGCAGAUCGUGCGUGCGAUGGACCGCGUGUGGCUGCAGGAGGGGCUGGACAUGCGCAUGGUCACCUACAAGUGUCUCUCCACUGGGCGUGACCAGGGGCUGGUUGAGGUUGUGCCAGAUGCAGUGACCCUUGGUAAGAUCCAGCAGGAGUGGGGACUGGGAGGUGCACUUCGGGAGGACACCCUGGAGAAAUGGUUCCACAUGAGAAACAAGACCAAAAACGACUAUGAAGAGGCUGUGAUGAACUUUCUUCAUUCGUGUGCUGGUUGGUGUGUGGCCACUUUUGUCCUGGGGAUCUGUGACCGUCACAAUGACAACAUCAUGCUGAAACACAGUGGUCACAUGUUUCACAUCGACUUCGGCAAGAUCAUGGGCAACGCACAGAAGUUCGCCAGCAUAAAGAGAGACCGAACACCAUUUGUGUUCACGCCGGAGAUGCAGAAUUUCAUUACUGGUGGGGGAGAGAAUCCACAGCGGCUCCACCGGUUUGUGGAGUUAUGCUGCGAAGCUUAUAAUACCCUUCGCAAACAUACCACGCUGGUGCUCAGCCUGCUACAGCUGAUGCUGGGGGCUGGCAUGCCUCAAAUGAAGGAUGUCCAGGACUUGCAAUACGUGCACAACAACCUUAGACCUCAUGACUCUGAACUUGAAGCUACCUCAUAUUUCACCAAGAAAAUCAAGGAGAGCAUGGACAGUCUUCCUGUCAAAAUCAACUUCUUCAUCCACACAAUGGUCCAGCUCCCGCCAGGCAAGCGCCCUCCAUCAUCCGCCCCGGCCCUGAUGGCCACCUCCAACGACAACAUCCAGGAAGUGGUCAUUCAGAAAUACACUGUAAAUGGAAAGGAAGUGAAAUAUGAACUCAAAAUCACUAUUGAGGAUGGGUACUUGUUCAGUGAAAAAACAUUUGACCAGUUUGAGAUGAUCCAUAGAGAACUUCAGAAGCACUUCAUAGAGUCAACACUCCCAAGCUUCCCUAUCACUUGGUUUAAGAUGUCUUUCACUCCGGCCAGGAGAAUGGCUGUUCUAAAUAAAUACCUGAAAGAACUGUUUGAAGGACCUUGUAAAGGGAACGAAUUUGUAUGCAGCUUGUUCCUCGAUGGGCCGGCCGCUCCUGGGAAAGAAUCUGUCCCAAAGACCAAACCUCAGAUCCAGCUCUACAUAUCCUACAAAGACUUCAAGUUAUCUGUGAUGGUUAAGCAUCUGAGUAACAUUAGGUUACCCAAUGGUUCUUGCCCUGAUGCUUAUGUUGUGAUCCGGCUUGUUCCUGAAAACGGGCGGAAUUCCAAAAGGAAGACCAAGGUGGUCCGCAACAACGACAACCCAACGUUCAAUGAGCUGAUUGAGUACAGCGAUGUUUUUAACAUUAACAGUCAUGUUCUGGAGGUGACUGUUAAGAGCAAGAAGGCUUUUGUUGCUGCCACAAAUGUGGUUCUGGGAGACAAGGUACUGAACCAGGAGCAGUGGUUCCCAUUAGGCUACAGUGAAGUCUGAAAUGGAGAUGACUGCUGUUCAUCUUUCCACCAGAAGAUGGCACCAAUCACACAACAUUCCACUGUGGAAAUGUCAAGUAGCGGGGGAAAAAAAAAAAGCUGAGCUUGUGCAAUAUGACAGACUGGACUAAGGUACAUGAAAUAUAGAGGAUUAGAUUGUUACGAUAAU